GGAAGCGGUGAAGCUGAGCCCCCCGUGCUGCUCGGGGUCGAGCCUGCCACGCAGGCGCCCACCACGCCGCCGCCAUUGUUGCCCGUGCUGCGCGGACCGGGCCGAGCGACAGAACCCAGGACCACCAGCCCAGGAAUGGAAUGACCCACAGUGGACUGGGCCCUUCCCCAUCGAUCACGAAUUAAGAAAAUGCCUUACAGCCGGAUCUUACGGAGGCGUUUUCUCAGCAGAGGCUCCCUCCUUUCAGAAACUCUAGUUUGUGUGUCAAGUUGAUAUAAGACUAGCGAGCACAGAGGCUACUGGUGAAAGACAGCCCAGUUUCAACAAGAGACCCCAGCGUUUUGGAGAUGCCAGUACCGUGGGGUGAUCACCAAGACACAGUAACAGCAGUGGAGUGAAGCCGGCUGGAGCCCAGAAGACAAGCUGUGUGUGCUGCAGAGGACAGAGUCGGAGGAGGAGCCCGAAAGAUAGGUCUUGCUCAUCCUUUCAAGUUCUGGACUCAGAAUUUGUUACAAGCUGCUAGUUUUACUGUGGUUCCAUUCUGGCCCUGACUGCAGCAGCCCUUGAGGAAAAAGAAUUGAGACUAUAGCAUGAGACUUCAAGCAGUUGGCUCAAUACUGGAAAAAUAAAGGAUCCUGCCAGAUUGGUUCUCCUGUCUGUAGCAAUGUUAGCCUCAAGAAAGAGGAUGGCCAAUUCUUCACGCUCCCAAGUUCUUCUCAUGUGGAAGCCAGACAAGGUUCAAAACGGCUCCCGCAGUGUUGAGAAGCACUCACUCACUUCAAGACUCUUCCGUGACACUGAGACCUGUCGACAGAAUUUUAGGAAUUUUCCGUACCCAGAUGUGGCAGGUCCUCGGAAAGCAUUGAGUCAGCUCCGUGAGCUCUGCCUUAAGUGGCUAAGACCUGAGGUUCACUCCAAGGAACAGAUCCUGGAGUUGCUGGUGCUGGAGCAAUUCCUGACCAUCCUGCCUGGGGAGGUUAGGGCUUGGGUAAAGUCUCAGUACCCAGAGAACAGCGAGGAAGUGGUAACCCUGGUGGAGGAUUUGACUGAGAUUCUGGAAGAGGAAGCUCCUCAGAGUUCUGCCCUUCCCCAAGAAAUCCCAGAGGAAGACCCCAAACAUGCUUUCCAGGCAGGGUGGCUCAAUGACUUGGUGACCAAAGAGUCGGUGACAUUCACAGAUGUGGCCGUGGAUAUCACCCAAGAGGACUGGGAGCUGAUGCGCCCCGUUCAGAAGGAACUAUAUAAGACUGUGACUUUACAGAACUAUUGGAACAUGGUUUCUCUAGGGCUGACCGUCUACAGGCCAACUGUGAUUCCCAUCUUAGAAGAGCCAUGGAUGGUGAUAAAAGAAAUUGUAGAAGGCCCUAGCCCAGAGUCGGAAACAAAAGCUGAAGCACAUAUGCCAUUAAAGGAUCUUCCGACCGUCAAGCAGGAUGGAACCCAGACCGUCAAAUUGGAAGAAGCCGAUGACUGUGAUGACGGAUUAGAGAGGGAGCCGGUGUAUGCCUUCAGGAAGAUUCCGAUGGAUGAAAGAGACUUCAGUUUGAAGUCAGAGAUUUCACAAGAAGACCCUCCAGAAGAAUAUCUUAGUAAAUAUGAUAUAUAUAGAAAUGAUUUUGAAAAGCACACAAACCUAAUUGUACAGUUUGAUACCCAAUCAGAUAAUAAAACUUCUCUAUAUAAUGAAAGCAAGCCAACAUUCAAUAAUGUCUCAUCUGGUGUCGUACAUGGGAAAAUACUUCCUGGAGAUAAGCCUUAUUCAUGUAAUGUCUGUGGAAAAAAAUUUAGGAAAUACCCGUCACUCCUGGCACACCGAAAUAGCCAUGCCAAAGAGAAAUCUUAUGAAUGUGAAGAAUGUGGGAAAGAGUUUAAGCAUAUCUCAUCCCUCAUUGCACAUCAAAGAAUGCAUACUGGAGAAAAACCAUAUGAAUGUCACCAGUGUGGGAAAGCCUUCAGCCAGCGUGCACACCUUACUAUACAUCAGAGAAUUCAUACUGGAGAAAAACCCUACAAGUGUGAGGAUUGUGGAAAAGACUUUAGUCAGCGUGCACACCUUACUAUACAUCAAAGGACACACACUGGUGAGAAACCAUAUAAAUGUUUGGAAUGCAGUAAAACCUUUAGCCAUAGUUCAUCAUUGAUUAAUCAUCAGAGAGUUCAUACUGGAGAAAAACCUUACAUAUGCAAUGAAUGUGGGAAAACUUUCAGUCAGAGUACACACCUUCUCCAACAUCAAAAAAUUCAUACUGGGAAAAAACCAUAUAAGUGCAAUGAGUGUUGGAAGGUGUUUAGUCAGAGCACUUAUCUUAUUCGACAUCAGAGAAUUCAUUCUGGAGAGAAGUGCUAUAAAUGCAAUGAAUGUGGGAAGGCCUUUGCUCAUUCAUCAACUCUUAUACAGCACCAAACUACUCACACCGGAGAGAAAGCCUAUAUAUGUAACGUCUGUGGGAAAGCCUUCAGCCAGAGUGCAAACCUUACUCAGCAUCAUAGAACACAUACUGGAGAGAAACCAUACAAAUGUAGUGUGUGUGGGAAAGCCUUCAGCCAGAGUGUGCACCUAACUCAACACCAGAGGAUUCACAAUGGAGAAAAGCCCUUUAAAUGUAAUGUCUGUGGGAAAGCAUAUAGACAAGGUGCAAAUCUUACUCAACAUCAAAGGAUUCAUACUGGAGAGAAACCCUAUAAAUGUAAUCAGUGUGGGAAAGCUUUUAUUUAUUCUUCAUCACUUAAUCAGCAUCGAAGAACUCACACUGGAGAGAGACCCUAUAAAUGUAAUCAGUGUAACAAAGAUUUUAGUCAGAGAACAUGCCUUAUUCAACACCAGAGGAUUCACACAGGAGAGAAGCCCUAUGCAUGCCGGAUAUGUGGGAAGUCCUUCACCCAGAGUACCAAUCUUAUUCAGCAUCAACGUGUUCAUACAGGUGCCAGACAUCGCAACAGGUGCCAGACACCGCAGUUAAUGGAUAUGACUUUGUUUAAGUUUCAUAACUUGAUUGCUUAAAUUUCAUUUUGUGUGCUGUCAGAAUAUUCAAAAAAUCUGAAGAAGUGCAAUAUGCUAGAUAUCACAGUAUCAGAAGCACCAGAAUUAGUAAAAUGGCUUGUCCAUUUAGAUUCUAGUGUGAAACUUAAAGUUCUAUCCACUGCUUAGGUUUCAUCUCAUAUCACUUGAAUUCAUUCCAGAAAGAAAUACUAUGAAAGGAUAUUUUAAAACCUGUGACUCAUCACCUCUUAGUAUUUUUCAAGUAUGUUUUAUUGAGGCCUUAUGACUCUAACUUGGGCAAGUGUCCGUCAAGUAGAUCUCACACUCGAGAGUAAUAUUGACAUAGGAAAGAAGAUGGAUGCUUUGGGGUGCUUCAUCCUAGCUUUGAAGCCUUAAAAUGAGUAAAAGGUCCUUCUCAUUUUUUGCUUUCUCUUUUCCCAUUAUAACUUCUGUGUGAAGCCAGUGAGCUUGAGGAGGAGACCUGAAAAGAUCUUAAGAGAUUUCUAUGUGACCACACUUCCUCCAGGAAGAGACGGCAAUCUGAGAAGAUAGUGGAUCAGGGUAUACAAAACCCUAGACGUGAACAAACUCAGACACAGAUGAAACACCCCAAGCUUAAAGUCAUUAGUACAACGGUAUUUUUAGUUUCACUUGGUUUUGACAUCCAGUGUUACCCUGAAGAAAAAAGACAGGCUAACCGUUCCCAUUUUUUUUUCCAGGUAGCUUUUAAAUUGACAAGUUUGCCCAUGGCUCUUAUGCAGCAAAGUCAUUUCUUUCUAUGAAACCCAUUUCCUGAGAGCCUACUGUGCUCAGGAGACAGACUUUUUUUUUUUUUUUUUUUGGUUUUUCGAGACAGGGUUUCUCUGUGUAGCUUUGCGCCUUUCCUGGAACUCACUUGGUAGCCCAGGCUGGCCUCGAACUCACAGAGAUCCGCCUGGCUCUGCCUCCCGAGUGCUGGGAUUAAAGGCGUGCGCCACCACCGCCCGGCUCGAGACAGACUUUUGAUUGAACCUUUUCAGUUAACAAAUAUCUUGAGUAAAGAAAAGGUAAGGAUAUGCUCUUAACUACUUUGCCAUGGAACAAGCAUAAUCCUAAAUGAGUGGCCAAAUACUACCCUAUAAGCCAGGUUAAGUGAGCAGUGAGCAUAGCUAUAUAAAUAACGUGAGAAUAAGUAAGAGAAAAGGUUCGAGUCCAGAGCAGGGUGGAAAGGAGUGAGGAAGGUGGGUAUGCAAGUAGCUGAUGUGACAUGAAAUAUAAUUGGACCCCCUUUACCUAAGGAAAUAAUAGCAGUAAAAGAAAAAUUAGCCUCUUUAUAGGAAGCUAAAAAGGAAGUUAUUUUCAGGAAUAAUCAGAAGCCUAAUACUCAUUCACACAUAGAAGUAAAAUAGAAACUACACUCAAUGUGUUAAGAAAAUGUUUCAUUGGGAAAAGCCUUGGUGUAGAAACUAUCAUUAAUCAGUAAUCAUUAAACAAUAGCUGAGUUCAUGGGUCUUCAACAGCAUAAAAGAAAGAUUGGCAGGCAUCCAUUUUUUUUAAUUGCUGUAUUUACUAUCCAUAGCAUCGACUCUCAGAAUAUAAAGCAGAGCUUCACUCUGCUCAUCCUUGCUCCUCCAGUGCCUUGCAUAUGAUCAACAUAUGUUGGCUGAAUUGAUGAGUAAAUUGUGUGAAUUAGAUUUGAGUGGUAAAGUAGAAUCUCACGCAUGGAGAGAAAAUUUGUGGAACUGAAAAUAACUUUGUGUCCAUGUAUCACAUGUUUAACAAAUACUCUUUACCGUGUAACAACAGCUUAAGAAUGGAGAAUCAGAAGUAGUGGAACAUCAUUGCCCGAUGAAAGUUCCCUUAACUAAAUGAGAAGAAACAAAUUCUGGUACCGUAAAUACCUAAGUUUAUAUUGACAAUACAGCAUCACUAGACACCACAAGGAGGGUUGAAGAAAAGGUUGAGAUGCUGGCAUCCUGAGGUUAUCUUUAUGGGAAUGUUUUUUGUUUUGGUUUUGAUUGUUUUUUUGGUUGGUUUAUUGAAACAGGGUUUCACUGUGUAGCCCUGGCUGUCCUGGAACUCACUCUGUAGGCCAGGCUGCCUCUGCCUCCCUAGUGCUGGGAUUAAAGGCGUGCGCCACUGCCACCACCCAGCUGUGUUUUCUUAAUGAAAUUGUCACUUUCUCUUUUCUUGACACUAAUUACCCUUGACUUCAUAGUAGUCACAAAAUUCUGGUUAAAAAUACUUAGAUUCUUCUCAUUCCUCAGUUAUGUUAAAAAUAGCGACAGUAUUUACUAGAUGGUUUUUGAUGUUGCUUCAUGCCUUGCAUAAUGCUUCUUUCUGCUGGGGUGAGUGUGGUGUGGUCCAGGCCGUAGGGCAGUGUUUUGUGUUUCCUGCCUUUGUGUGUUUUAUGUAAAUAAUAUAAAGUCUUCCACUGGUACACAGAGGCAAGUAAGGCUCCUAUAAAAAAAUAGAAUAAUAGUACAGAAUCCUGUCUUUGUGUGUUUUUCCCUCAUUUUAAAGUUGUCUGGCCCCUGAGUAACUCAACAGAUUUUAACAAGUAUUUCCUACAACUUUUUAUUAGGAACAUUGCUAAAUAUGUUUUUAAAAAAGUUUAAAAAUCAUAAAAUCAACUGUACCCACCACCUAUAUUUUAAAGUUAAUAUUUUGCCAGAUUGAAAAGUAUCUUAAAGACAUUUCACCUCCAAAUACAUCUCAUAAAAGUAAGUAAUUAACAUAACUAUAUUACCUCAAAGAAAAUGGGCAGUCCUUUCUAACAUCUGAACACCUAAGCCAUUUCCUGAUUUCCUGGUUGAGCCAGUGAGUUUCUCCACGCCCUUUAUUGGAUCUGCUUCCUCUAGAACAGUCCCUCUGUUUGUCAUAUCGUUACCUAACAGUAAUCUUUGCCUGGGUCAAUCUUUUCAUUAAGGUCUGCAAAACAAGUAGUUUUCUCUUGCUCUUUCCACAUUUGGUGAGCAGUAUUCCAUAAGGAAGAAUGUUCCUUCAUUAGCUGAUGCAUUAGAAGCAAGGUCAUGCUUAGCUCUUUUCCACUGAUUAGCCAGCCAGUUUAGGAGUUUUUUGUGUUAUCUACAGUGAUGACAGAUGAGUCAAUGUGUUAGUCAGUUACAGUCACUGUUUCUGUCACCCCAUCUGGAAUUGUCUCUCUAGUCUCUGGGAGCUUUAUUGCCUUCUAACACAAGGUGUCUCAAGUUCAUCCUUCAUUUCCAUUGCCCCAAACCUGGACGGAAACAGCUCUCCUGAAACUCCUGGCUCCUUUUUAUAAUGAGCUAUUUAGAAACAAGAUCUGGGCACUCACACACAUUCAUUGCAACUGGAGUGCCAUUAGCAAGUGUUCCCAACCAAAUUUAUAAAGAGGAAAUCCUCUCCACUCAUUUUGCCAGUUACACAUCUAAGUAUUUAUUGAAGAAUGCACUUUUACAAAUUGGGUAACUUGGGAACAAACCAUCAGGUCUCAUUAAGCAUCCAAGUAAAUUGAACAAAUACGUGCACUGAAAGGAACAGUUAUGACCACAAAAGAUCUGGUGCAAGGUCAUCAUGAGCCAUUUGUUUGAGGGAAUGGAGUUCUUCAGUUAAUCUGGCAGUGGGUUAAGUGUAGGGCAGUUAUGAAAACAAGCAGGUAUGUGGUAACCGCCACACUGUGACUAUUACAUCUCAAUAGCUGUAUAAGCUGAUAACACCUUCCAUCACUUUUAUUUGUGGUGCUGGUUUGAACCCAGGACCUCACAGGUUAAGCUAAUGUUCUACUACUAAGCUACACCACCAGAUCCCUGCCAUAUUUCUUUGUGUGUAGAUGUGAGUAUGAUGUAUGUAUAUGUAUGUGAUGCACUUAUGUAUAUGUUCAUAUGUGCAUGUGGGUGUGUAGGCCAAAGUCAGUGCUGGUUCUCAAUCAUUCACCUUAUUUACUAUUUAUUUUUAUUUUAUGUAUAUGGGUGUUUUGCUUGCAUGUACGUCUGUGCACCAUGUGCAUGCAGCCCUUGCAGCAGCUAGAAGUUGACAUAAGAUUCCCCUGGAACUGGAGUUACAGAUAGUUGUCAGCCACUAUGUGGGUUCUGGGAAUCGAACCCUGGUCCUCUAGUAGAGCAGCCAGUGCUCUUAACCAUUAAACCCUCUCUCCAGCCCUCCACCUUAUUUUGGGGGACUGGGUCUUUACACUGAAGAUUCACUCACAGAUUCCACCCGACUGGCUGAAUAGCAAGCCCUAUAUUCACCUGUCUCUGACUCCUCCACACUAGGGUUACAGACAGAUGCCAGCACAUCUGGCUUUUACAUGUAUGCCAAAGAUCUGAACUCAGGUUCUCAUGGCUGCACAACAGACACUCUACCAGCAGCCAUCUCCCCAGCCCCUGCAUCAUAUUUUUUGUUUUUUCGAGACAGUUUCUCUAUGGAGCUUUGGAGCCUGUCCUGGAACUCACUCUGUAGACCAGGCUGUCCUCGAACUCACCGAGAUCCACCUGCCUCUGCCUCCCGAGUGCUGGGAUUAAAGGCAUGCACCAUCACCACUCGGCGUGCAUCAUAUUUCUUAAGCUAGUUCUCUGAGGAUCUGUCGAAUGCAAACGUAGUGUUUUGUCUGUCUCAUUAUCGUCCUGUCUCAGCCUCCAUAGUGCUAAAAUUAUCACCAUGGACCAACAGCAGGGCUGAGCAACAGUUCCAGUUUGGUUUGACUACGUUUUAGUAUUUAAACCUUGAAGGUACGAUGAUUCACUUCUGUUCUUGUGUCCGCUCCACGCAUAAGUCUGUAAAUGGAAUUUGCAUUCUCCAUGUUGCUCUCGACAGGGCUCUGUAUGUCACCAUAUUUACUUGUCCCGUUGAACAUUAGAACUAUUAAAAGUGGUAAGCAUGUUCACUUUGGUGAUACGUAUGAAGUGUGUGUUAGGCAUCAUCUGGUGCUCCACACUGUAAGCAAGGGGAACAUGAGCCCAGAGUGUUUCUAGGUCACGUAGUGACAAUAUGAUUUGAAACCCAUACCUUCCAGCCCUUGAGUUCUUGUAAAAUAAUAGUAAGUAGAAGCUCUAAGUACAACUAGUAUGUAUAUAUUAUUUUACAAAGUUAUUAGAACACUGAGGACAUCUUUUAUCUGU